GCUCUCGGUAUGCAUAGGAGAAUAUGCGCGUUUUAAAAACGAAGAAGACAUCUGAACCAUAACACAGUGAAGAUUUAAAGGCGUUAUUUUCCCACCCGCCCCUCGUGACAUUACGUUUCACGCAACAGGCUGCAAGACCAAUGUGGAGUCUAAGCUGAAGAACAGUACCACCUGUAACACCGUACCCGUGCUUCCGACUUUCGUGCCGAUGCCGAGAAUGAAGAAGCAAAACGUCCGGACCUUGUCGCUCAUCCUCUGCAUGUUCUCCUACUUGCUGGUGGGCGCCGCGGUGUUUGACGCGCUGGAGUCCGAGUCGGAGAGCUCCCGCCGGCGCAUCUUGGAGCAGAAGCGCAACGAAAUGAAGAAGAAGUACCGCUUCUCCGAGGACGACUACCGCGAAAUCGAGAGAGUAGUGCUGCAAGCUGAGCCCCAUCGCGCCGGGAGACAGUGGAAAUUUGCUGGCUCUUUUUACUUUGCCAUAACAGUAAUCACUACCAUUGGUUAUGGACAUGCAGCCCCUGGAACAGAUGCUGGGAAGAUCUUCUGCAUGUUCUAUGCUGUACUUGGCAUUCCUCUCACUUUGGUUAUGUUCCAGAGCCUGGGAGAGAGGAUGAACACAUUUGUCCGCUAUCUCUUACAUAAGGUGAAACAAUGCCUGGGCUUUCGACGCACUGAGGUGUCCAUGGAGAACAUGGUCCUGGUGGGCUUUUUGUCCUGCAUUGGAACACUGUGUGUGGGCGCCGCAGCCUUUUCCCACUUUGAGGGAUGGAGCUUCUUCCAUGCUUACUACUACUGCUUCAUCACACUCACCACAAUUGGCUUUGGUGACUUUGUGGCUUUGCAGAAAAAAGAGGACCUCCAGGAGAAAACGCCCUAUGUCGCUUUCAGCUUUAUGUACAUUCUGGUGGGGUUAACUGUUAUCGGAGCAUUUCUUAACUUAGUGGUGCUCCGUUUCCUCACCAUGAAUACUGAGGAUGAGCGACGGGAUGCACAAGAAAGGGCUUCAAUGAAGAGGGACAGAGGCCUUUUGGAUGGGACCCUGAGCCUUGGUGUUUUAGGGGAACAAAGCAGAGAUAGCCACAGUGAGAGGAACAGGAGCAACAUGGUGCACAGCCAUAGUACACUCUUCCUCCCGAUGGAGGAAGGAACCAGUCGCACCAACCUCAUCUCUUCCCCGGUGGAUCAGGAAAGACGAAAAAGCCCCUGCAGGCACAGGUUGCAUUUCCAGAUAAAGGCAGGCAGACGCAGACAGGAGUCGAGCCUCAGCUCCCUCUGUUCCUGCGUGUGCUAUCGCUUAGAGAUUUGCGAUAGCCCUCUUAUGUCCCACAGUGAACAUCAUGGCUGCCACGUUAAUUCUGUUUAUUACAACUCAGUUUCCUACAGGAUUCAGGGCUGUUCACCAAGUUCCAGGGACAACACUGGACUAACUUCGCCAGGAAGCAGGAUCUCACCUGGCCAUAGUUUCCGGGAGUUCCCUCAUUUACGAAGAAAGUCAGUAUAAGGAGCAUUAUUGUGAGGGAAAAGUGUUUGCACAAACUGUAAACAGUAUUUUCAGAGACACUGUAUUUUGUGUUACUUCUCCUUUGUGCAUGAAGACAAAGGUUCUGUUUAGUAAAUAAGUUGUCUGUUGUGGCUAUUGAAAAUAAUUUUAUUUCUAAAGCGAGAAGGGUUUGUUUCUUCCUUUCUUUACGUUGACUGUUUUUUUUUCUGUUGGUGAUUCUGCUGUUUUGCUUGCAUGUAAGGCACAGUGCAGUGCAUGCUAAAGAGAAUGUAUAGCACAAAAGGUGACUGCACGAGUGCCAUGUAAAGAUGUAAAAAGUCAGCCUUUUUAAUCUACACUUUUAAUCAAAAGUAUUUUGGCUAUGAGGGUUAUGACUGUGUAACUGUUUGGUAAAGAUAUGUGAACAAUCCUCAGUGGAAUUUGCUUCUGGUUUGGAGAAAAUGUAAUUUUUCAUGCCAUAGAUGAAAGAUGUCAUUAUAUAUAUAUAUAUUUUUAAAAAAGCCUUAAAGAACUUUGACCAAGCACAUGACAAAUGUGGCUUUUUACUCAGCGAGCAUUGCAGGUGUGAAGUGGGAUGCACUGCUGCACUCUGAUAUAAAGAGAUUACGCUUGUUAGAGGACUAAUUUGAAUGUAGCACACAACAGAAACGUAUAUGUAGCAGGGUUUUAGUGAAACUGGAAAACUAAUUUUUUUUUUUAGCAAAGGAAGUGCUGUUUCUUUGUAGACUUGGUUUGUAUUCAAUGUGAAUGUCUGUUUUAUUGUUUUAUUAAACCAAAGAAA